UAGGCAAAGAUAUUUAUAAUAGUCCAUACCAUGUACUAGGACAACAUACAAAGUGCGCUUCGUAUUUUUGUCAAGGAAAUACAGUUUUGGAACAAAAUUUAGUUGUACAAGCUGAAAACAGUGGCAUGAUGUUAGAAAUAAUGAAUGCAAUAAAUCGUUUAGUCGCUAAUUCUAGUAGCUUAAUAACUGAUGUAGACAAUAAUGUAUGCGAACAGUUCAACAGCGUGAUAAAUAAAUACAUUGGAGGAAAACGAAUCAAUAUGUCACAAAGAAACACGUAAAAUGCUAGGGUUGAAGCUGCAGUUGUAGCAUUUAAUUCAAAAGAAUACUUACGGACCAUACAUAAGAAUAUUAUGAAAAAAAGUCCAGGUAUGUUUGGUAAGAUUUUUUUAAAAAAUGCCAAAAGACAAAAAUUAAAUAAUCAAAGACGACGAGCAUUAUUCAUCAGAAAAAAAUACAGUAACAAGCAGCUUAAAACAUCGGGUCCUGAUGAAAAUUAUGGUCUAGCAGAAGAAUUACCCCCUGAAAGUUCUUAUGAGGAUUUGACAAACAUGAAACUGAAUUUUAUUAAUGAAAUUAAAAACAUGGAUAGAGAACAAUUGGAGAAAAACACGAGAGACCAAGCUAAAUCGCAACUUUGGUACACAGAAAGGAGAAAACGAUUGACUGCUUCCAAGUUCGGAAAAAUAUGUAAAAUGCGUCAAAAUACCUCAUGUAAAAAUACGGUGCAUGAAUUAUUAUAUGGACAGACUAACCAUAAAAUUAAAGCCAUAGAAUAUGGUAGAGUCAUGGAGUCUGUAGCAAAAGUUAAAUUCGAAGAGCUGUUUAAUUUAAAAAUAAAAUCUGUAGGACUUUGCAUAGAUGUUGAAGUUCCUUACUUGGCUGCUAGUCCAGAUGGUUUUAUCGAAAAUAAUUUUAUUAUCGAGAUAAAAUGUCCUUUUUCGGCUAAGGAUAAUACAAGUUUAGAAGAUGCAAUGAAUAAUGGAAAAGUAGGAUAUAUUUUUAUUAAUAACAACUAUUUAUUAUUGUAUCUACAAUAA